GGCGAUUUCACGUGACCGGCAUAACAACAAAUCCCUGGCUAGUAUCCCAGAGCACAAGUUAAAGCUAGUAACGCACUUCCCCUAAAAUAAAAUUGAUGUUCUCAGCUCUUAGAUGGAAAAGCAGUCUUGCAGUCAGGUUGUCGUGUCAGUCAUGGCUCCUGCAGUUGAUAAAAAGCUAACAGGACUGGUUGCAGCUACAUUUACUCCAUUCACUCCACAAGGUGAAGUCAACCUAUCAGAGAUUGGACCUUAUAUUGACUACUUGACAGAGAAGCAAGGUGUAAAUAGCAUAUUCGUGAAUGGCACCACCGGAGAGAGCAUGUCUCUCAGUGUUACAGAGAGGAAGAUCCUGGCAGAGGAGUGGUGUCAGAGAGCCAAGGGAAAAAUGGACCAGGUGAUUGUGCAUGUCGGCUGCAUGAGUCUGAAAGAUUCCCAAGAACUGGCUCGCCAUGCAGCACAGAUUGGGGCUGAUGGGAUAGCAGUCAUUGCCCCUUCUUUCUUCAAGCCCAGCACUGCAGACGCAUUGAGGACGUUCCUCCAUCAAGUGACUUCAGUUGCUCCAACUCUGCCCUUCUAUUACUAUCAUAUUCCAGAUGUCACCGGUGUUAAAGUGCUGGUGAGGGAUGUGUUGGAAGGUAUUGAGGAGCUCAUUCCCUCCUUCAGAGGGGUGAAGUUCAGUGGCAGUGACCUGAUGGACUUUGGCCAGUGUGUCAGCUACAGUCAGCCUCACUGGUCAGUCCUCUACGGUGUGGACGAGCAACUAAUAGCAGCUCUGGCUAUGGGAGCCCACGGAGCGGUUGGCAGCACAUAUAACUAUGUGGGAUGUCAUGUCAACGAGCUCAUAUCAGCAUUUGAGAAAGGCGACCUUGUCCAAGCCAGAGCAAUACAGUUCAAGUUGCAAGAGCUUCUCAGUUAUGCCAAGAAGCUCGGUUUUGAUCUGGGAAUGAACAAACAGCUGAUGAAUGAGGUGUCAGGCUUGUGUCUGGGGCCCCCUCGACUCCCUGUGAUGCCGUGUCCUCAGGCUCAUGCUCUGUCCAUCACACAGAAGUAUCACAGCAUUUUUCCUGAACACUGAUUGGUUCAUACUUGAUUGUUUAACGCUGAAAAUCCCCUGAUCACCUUAUCAUUUAGACCUAAUCCCCUAAUUGCUAAUUCCAGUUACUGUAUCUUGCUGUACUACUGAAGCAGCAAUUCUGAAUCAGACGUUCACACUUUGCAACAAACCUUACUGUUAAAUAGAAUAGGAUGAAGAAAAAAUUUCAUUUAUAUCUGUAAACAGGGAUUUAAGAUUUUUAGUUUUUAAAUGAACUUGAACUUUCUAGUACACUCUUCUGUUACAAUUAAAAAACAUUCAUGUGACAUAGAGUUUCACAAGGAAAUGUUCUUUUGGUUGAAAAUACUAGAAUUUUUUUUUUUUUGGGCAUUCAUUUUACAUACAAUUCAAGGGUUAAUCUUUCCAUUGCAGGGGAAAAUUCUAUCAUGUUAACUAAUACUUUAAUUUCAGCAGUCAUCAUUUCAUAAAUCUCCCUCCAACACCAAUGUGGCCCUUUUGCUACAUUUGGAGAACUGUCACAAAUCAGCAGUAUUAUUAUCCUGUACUGUGUAAGCUUGCUGAAUUCCAUUUUGGGAAUUUGAGCACUCAAAGCCUUAUUUUGUAAGUUGCACAGCAUGUUAUUCAUAGAAGUUAAAAAUGAUCACAGUGAAUUAGUUUAUAAAUGGAGAGGAAAUAGCUUCACUGCUGCAUUGUUUCUGUGGUUUGGAUUUGUAGAGUGAUUUGCCUCCAUGGAUAAUUUCCACCAGAAAAAAUAAAAGUUUCACAUUAUUGUUAAAUGGUUUUUCUGCUCUAAAAAUCAUGGUUGUGGAAAAACCCUGGCCUUGAGCUGAACCUACCAAAGGUAAAAUAAUGGAGACAGAAGUAUCAGUACACUGUUUCAUGAAUCAAUUGUCUGACACUCCAAAAGAGGCUAAUUAAACAUACAAGUGGUUACAGAGGAGCAUAAAACACUUGUAAAUGAGAUUCCGCCUUUCUUUGUUUGUUGUUAUUAAAUGUUUACUCUAUUAAUGGCAUUAAAAGGGAAGUAUUUUUGAA